AUGUUAGAUGUUUCUCGUGUGAAAGCAAUGUGGACGGCCGCUGAAGAGGAAAAAAAUGCUUUACAGCAAUCACGACAAAUUGAAGUUGAAUGUCGUAUGGAAUUGGAAGACCAAAUUGAAGCCCUGAAGCAUGAUGUGGAGACAUUACAAGCCGACAAGACUAAAGCAAUUCGACAAAAUAAUGAGGCACAAACUAAGCUGAAUGUCUUGACAACAUACUUCAAGGAAAAGGAAAUGCAGUUCCAGAGGGAACUUGGAGAACAUGAAAUACUGAAGAAGCAAAACAUCAACAAAUUAGGAACAGCAGAAGAAAAAGCAAAAAGCAUUGAGAGUGAAUUAGAAUCAUAUAAAUCCCAAAUUGAAGAUUUAAAACAAGAGAUCAAUAAAGCUGAACGUGAUUUUCGAGCUCAGAUUGCAGCAAAUGAGAAAAAAGCCCAUGAAAACUGGUUGGCAACAAGAGCAGCUGAAAGAGAACUAAAGGAGGCACGGAUGGAAUGUACCAUAUUGAGACAAAAAUUAACAGACCUGGAGCGUAGACCAAUGCCUGGUUCCAUUAUCCGGCCAUUGCCAACAAGAGGUUCAGGACAUUCAGAAAUGGUAAAUGGUCCUCCACUACUUCCUCGAUUUCCACCUGGUGAUCAUCCAGCUGCAAGAAAAGAUUUGUUGCCUCCUACAAGAGAUGAUCAGUCAAAACCACAAAUGAAAUCACCAUCACCCAACUUCCGGUCACCUCGACCAUCCCCACCCAACUUCAGGCCACCUCCGCCAAUGAAAAAGCGUGGUCCUCCACCUCCACCUCCAAACAUGAGUGAUGCCUGUGAUGCUUUCCCUCCAUGGCAAAUGCCUCCACCUCCACCACGGCUUUCAUUCGGAAAUCGGCCACCUCCACCACUGUCAUCAUCCAAAGUCAACCUUUCUCGUGGGAGUGGACAUCCUUUUGCUCCUCCUCCUCUUCCUCCACCUUCAAUGAUGACAGCACCUCCUCGCUCUUUGCCCGAUUUUUCUUCACUUCCUGAUAAACAUUCAACCUGUAAACAACAUAGCCAGGUUUAA